AUGGCACUUGACGCUGAAACCAAGCGAAUUGUCUCGCUUUUUGAGCUGUCCGACGACUGGCUGAAUAGAGCUGUCGGCGAGUACAUCUCGCAAGCUGAGGAAGGGUUGCGCAGCGAUGGGACGAGCUUGAGCCAGAUCCCCACUUACGUCACCGCGGUCCCCAAUGGUAAAGAGAAGGGUGUGUACCUCGCCGUCGACCUCGGAGGCACCAACUUCCGCGUUUGUUCGGUCCGGUUGAAUGGAGACACCACGUUCAAUCUCACCUACAACAAAGUUGCGGUUCCCAAAGAGCUGAUGACUGCAAAGAAAGCCGAGGAUCUAUUUGCCUUCCUUGCUAAACAAAUCGAGACUUUCCUCCAUGAACACCACAAGGACGAGUUCGAGGGUGUUCGCCGCCGGACCAGGAGCACCCGGAAGGGUCAGAAGGAUGAAGAUAUUUUCCACCUUGGUUUCACCUUCAGCUACCCCGUCAAGCAGCUCGCCAUUAAUAAGGGGACUUUGAUGCGGUGGACUAAGGGCUUCGACAUCCCCGACGCCAUUGGCAAAGACGUCUGCGCCCUGCUCCAGACCGAGCUCGACAAGCUCCACCUGCCCGUUCGCGUUGCAGCCCUCGUCAACGACACCGUCGGCACCCUUCUAGCAAGGUCGUACACAUCCAGCGGGCAUAGUGAGACCCUUGUGGGCGCCAUUUUCGGCACGGGGACCAAUGGCGCCUACGUUGAGAAGUUGUCCAACAUCAAGAAACCCAUCGAAGGAGAAUACGACGCCUCGACAGGCAAGAUGAUUCUCAACACCGAGUGGGGCUCGUUCGAUAAUCAGCUUAAUAUUCUGCCAUCUACUACUUGGGACACUGAUCUCGACAGGGAAAGUGUAAACCCUGGCUUCCACGUGUUCGAGAAACGGGUGUCGGGCAUGUAUCUGGGCGAAAUCGUUCGCCGCAGCAUCCUCGAAAUGGUCCAGAACGAGCAGCUGUCGCUCUUCAAGGACGUCAACUCGAGCUCCAACGACUGGCGCUCUACGACUAGUAUCAGCCCGCAGUCGGGCUUGAUGCAGUUGUGGGGUCUAGACAGCAGCGUCCUGUCGGUAGCCGCUUCGGACAACACUCCAGAACUUUCCGUCCUGCGGCAGGAGCUUGAAGACAACCUGGAUAUCUACAGCCCCUCUCUCGAGGAUGCCCAAGCUUUCAAGGCCAUCGCCGACGCUGUCGGCCGCCGCGCCGCGCGCCUCGCCGCUGUACCCAUCGCCGGCGUCCUUCUGCAGUCAGGUCAACUCAACGACCCCGACAGCGAUGUUAUCGAUAUCGGUGUCGACGGCAGUCUGGUCGAACAUUACCCAUUCUUCCGCGACAUGAUGUACGAAGCCCUUGCGGCGGUGGACGGUAUCGGCCCCGACGGGGCCAAGAGGAUCCGCAUCGGCAUCGCCAAAGACGGUAGUGGCGUCGGUGCUGCGCUUAUCGCCUUGGUUGCCGCGAAAAUGGAGAAGGAGCGCGGCGUGGGAGAUGCCGUCAAGCGUGAACUGGAUACGGUUCCUGGUAACUGUGAGUGUUUUUGUUUUCCCUCAUUCUCACGCCUUUGCCUUUUCCCUUUACAUCCUUUUUUUUUUUCUGUUGUAGAAGGAAGAGACUUUCCCGAGUUUAACCCCUUGUAA